GUGCUUUCUUCCCUCCCCCCGUCGGGGGUCGCCGAGGCCGGUGCCAUUCACAAGCAACCCGCCGGGCCGGCCGGCGCGCCACUCCUCCGAUCGGCCUCAUCGGAGAAUGACUGCGUCCCACUGGCAGCCAACGUGGAUGGCCCGCCGCUCAGACCGGAGGGCCCGCGCGCGCCUCUGGCUCAGCAGCAGGCCGACAUCUCGAUUGAUGACCCGGUCGCCACCAUGGCCGUCGCCGCCGCCGCCGCCGCCGCCACCACCACCACCACCGCCGCCAUGGCCGCCGCCGCCGCCGCCUCCACUGCCACUGCGGGCACCGCCACCAUGUCCAAGUCCGCCUCCCUGCCCCUCCCGCCUUUCUCCAUCCAGCGGCCCUCCUCCGCAUCGACAUCGCCCGAAAAGCGCCGGCGCUCCGAGGCUUUUGACGAAGAGGCCGAGCCGGUGUCCUCGCCGCCCCAGCAGAAGCGCCAGCAGUCCGGCUCUCCGACCGUCGCCCACAGCCUUGCCUCUGACGCCGAAGCCCCCCCCGGCCAUGCCGCCGAUCAUGUUGUCGAGCACGCCCCCAACCACCCCCCCCAGGAGGCCGGCCGCGCGGCGUGCACUUCCUAUCCCCCCGAGCAUGUCGAUCAUCCGGCCAAGGAGCAGUUCGCUGACCACCAGCAGCAGAAGCAGGAGCAGCAGCAGCAGCAGCAGGAGCAGCAGCAGCAGGAGCAGCAGCAGCAUGCUGCCACCCGGCAGCCUGCAAGCCCCGCCACCCCGGAUGCCCCUUCCACCCCCGACGGCGCCUCCGAUGACCCCUCCUGCCGCCGCAGUCGCAGCAGCAGCACCUCGGUCUCCCCCCUGGCCCUGUCCCUGCAGGAUGUCAUCCGCCUGCCCGCCCAGCCAAUCAACCACCUCCAUGGGCACCGGCUUCCUGAGGGGGUGCCCGAUAUCGACGCUCUCUACCCCUCGGCUCUGGAUGCCGACUACCAAGCCGACAUCGUCAACUACAUGCACCGCAUCCAGCAUCAGUACUACGCCGAUCCCGGGUACAUGGUCCGGCACCCGGACCUCCGGUGGCACUUUCGCUUCAUCGUCAUCGACUGGAUGAUGGAUGUCUUCAACAAGAAGCAGCUCCCCGCCGGGACCCUCUAUCAGGCGGUCAACAUCUUCGACCGCUAUCUGUCCAUCUGCCCGCCGCUGCCCCGGACCAAGCUCCAGCUCAUUGGCGCUGUGAGCCUCAUCCUGGCCAGCAAGCAUGAGUCGGCUCUGCACAUUCCCCUGGCCGAGUGGGUGGAGUUGGUCACGCGCAAUUACUCGGUCAACGAGAUCAUCGAGGCCGAGCGCGUUGUCCUCUCCACCUUGUCCUUCAAGUUGAACUUCCCCUCGCCGCUUUUCUUCCUGGACCGCCUGGUCAAGGCCCAGGCCAAUGACGGCGAGUCGCGCUCCAUUGCCAAGUACCUGAUCGAGGUGACCCCCCUGAUCUCCGGGGCCCUCUGCUUCCCGCCGGCCAUGGUGGCCGCGGCGGCCACGCUGAUUGCCCGUCGCCUGCUGUCCAAGUCCCCGGCCUGGUCCGAUGCCUUGACCUUCCACAGCGGCGGCUACACUCCUGCACACCUGGUCGAGCUGCAUGAUAUCAUGAUGUCCUUCUUGCGCAUGCCGCCGCCGCCGGGCGCCGCCGGGGCCAACCCCGCCUCGGCCGAGCCCGAGUCCCCGGCCCAUCGCCUCACCCCGACGGCCUACGUCUACCGGAAGUACUGCACCCCGGAGAAUGGCUUCAUUUCCCGCUCGGUGGGCCUGAUCGUGACGCACUUCUUUGCCGAGGACCGCGCCACCCUCUGCCACGACUUCCCCUACUUGUCGGAGCUCUAUGCCAGCCGGCCGGGCACCGCGGCCGCCGCCGCCGUCCCGCAGCAAACCUGA